UCUAUCCCUACUGUCAAAGCAACAAGCCAGCCGCCAUUCAAAAGCUCCCACCUCCACUCCUUGAACCAUCAGCGUGAGUUCAUUCAAAUCAUCCUGAUUUGAAUUCGGCUUGUAAUAUUAGUUAGUUUUGCUAUUUUGUUUUUAGUAUACAAGUGUAUUGUGUUUGAUGGAUGGUGUACAUUUUUGUCGGAUGAUAGCGUACUGCCAAUCACUGUGAAAGAAUUGAAAAGUGCAACAUAGCCUAAUACAGGAUAUCCAGGAUUCAAUAUCUUGGGAAUUAUAAAAGUUUGUCGGUAUGGGUGGUCAAAAAUUUCAAUAUGAUGAAAGUGGUGGAACGUUUUUCUAUUUUCUUCUAUCGUUUCUAGCGUUAUUACUUAUUCCAGGAACGUACUAUUGGUGGCCACGUAAACAAAAAGAAGAUCCAGAUAAACUUGUUAAAGAGUGUCACUGUGAGCAUUGUAAGAAGAAGAGGAUUAUACUUCAAACCAAUGAACCAUGGAAAGGAACUAGACAGUUCCUAACGAAGUCAGUGAUUAUAGGUGGCUGGUUGAUUCUAGCGCUUUUGGCCUACAAAGUAUCUCAGUUCGAUUAUGAAUACGCCAAUUUCGACCCAUAUGAUAUCCUCGGAGUUCCACCGGGAACAUCGGAAGCAAAUAUCAAGAAAGCUUACCGAAGACUCUCACUCAUUCUCCAUCCAGAUAAGGAGUCUGGAGAUGAAAAAUCCUUUAUGAAACUUACGAAAGCUUACCAGGCUUUGACUGAUGAAGAGUCUCGUAGAAAUUGGGAAAAGUACGGCAAUCCUGAUGGUCCCGGGGCAAUGAGCUUUGGAAUAGCGCUUCCCUCCUGGAUUGUUGAGAAAGAGAACUCAGUUUGGGUUCUGGGACUGUAUGCUCUUGUCUUCAUGGUAGCCCUUCCCACAGUGGUAGGAAUGUGGUGGUACCGCUCCAUACGAUACUCCGGUGAUCAGGUGCUAUUAGAUACAACGCAAAUCUACUUUUACUUUCUACACAAAACGCCUUCAAUGCCGCUGAAAAGAGUGAUUAUGGUUUUGGCGGCAUCCUUAGAAUUCGAAAAGAAAUACAACAGCGAAAUAGUCGAAAGACCAACUGACAACGAAGAAGUUCCUCAUCUGAUCAAACAACUGUACAACCUGAACGAGAAGAACAGAGAGCGCCCCCUGUGCUACAUGUACUCAAUUAAGGCGCGCGCUCUCAUCCACGCCCAUCUCUCUCGCAUCGCACUCAACCCGAACACGCUCGACAAGGACCGCAUGUACAUCGUCAAAAAGUGUCCUUAUCUCAUACAGGAGAUGGUCAACUGUGUCUCACAACUGGUCAUGUUGGCCUACGCUAGGAGAGUUCCAAGGCUGCUCAACAUCGAAACGAUAGAAAACUGUAUGAAACUGUGUCCAAUGAUCGUGCAGGCCUUGUGGGAGUUCAAGAGCCCACUGCUGCAGUUGCCUCACAUCACCGAAGAUAACCUCAAAUAUUUCCUCUCAAAAAAGCGUCAAAUCAGGAGCAUACAACAGUUUGCUCAAAUGAAAGCCGAGGACAGGCGUAAUGUUUUGCGCAACCUCUCCAACGAACAAUACUCUGACGUCAUGAAAGUCAUUUCUAAAAUGCCUCUCAUCGAUUUUCAAGUGCGAUCUGAAGUGAUUGACGACGAAGCAUCGACAGUGUAUACAGCUGGAGCCAUAGUGACGGUAACGGUGACUCUGUACAGGCAGAACAUGGGCGUGCUUUUCGGGGAUGACACAGUCAAGGAGAAGCACUGCGUAGAAGAGCUCAAGGAGAAGCAGGCGGAUGACAACGAACAAGAAGACCAAGAACCGAAGGAACAGGAGCAGAAGGAGAAGGAGAAGGAACAGACAAAGAAACCAGUUUGGCAGAAAACGCAACGAAAAACAAAGAAAGGAGGAAAGAAACAAACGAACAAGAAGCCUCAGCAAAGUCAGAAGGAAGCGCCCAAGGCUGCAGCCAAUGCUUCGAAAAAGACUGACGAGAAAGAGAAGGAGAAAGAUAAAGAAAAGGAAAAGGAGAAAGAGAAAGUACCUGAGCCUGUUUCAAAGUCUUCGGACGUAUCAGCCAGUGAGAGUGAGGGUGAUUCAUCUGAUGAAGAAGCUGAAAGGUCUGAUGAAGAAGAUAGUCAAAGAGAUUCAAAGAAGCCAUCCUCCUUGGAAGAUGAUGAUGAGUGGGACAAAUUCCAGUCUGGAAUCGGCAAGAGAGACAGAGUGCUCGAAGGAAGAAGCAAGAUGUCACAUAGUGUACAUUGUCCUCAUUUCCCUGAGGAUAAGCAAGAGUACUGGUGGGUGUACGUGUCUGACCGGAAGUCUCGUACCCUGCUGACGUCACCUUACUACGUGACGGCACUGGUGGAACACGAGGAGGUGCAACUCAAGUUCACAGCUCCUCGCUGGCCUGGCGUCUACACAUUCACAGUCUGCCUCAGGUCCGACUCCUACCUCGGCUUUGAUCAGACGCACGACAUCAAGUUGGACGUUGAGAAAGCCCCCGAGGUGCCGACCGAGCACCCGCAGUGGGACAUGUCCGAGGAGGAAGAGGAGGGGAGACCGGAGGCCGAUGAGAGCGACAUCUCUGAGUUCACCACUGACGAGGAUGUCGAAGACUACAACCGGCCUUGAAACCUCACCACACCUUCAUCAUACUACAAAAUCACUGUCUGCGUGCUGAGAGAGGUUGUUGGUCGAGUGUCAUCCAUUUUAAACUGUCAGCAUUGUUUAAUUGGUGUUAUCUCUAAGAAAUACUGUAUUUUAACUGUCAGCUUAAAAUUAUUGUAAUUUUAAACUGUCAGCAUUGUUUGAUGGGUGUUAUCUCUAAGAAAUACUGUCGUUUUAACUGGUUGUCUAAAAUUAUUGUAAUUUUAACCUGUCAGCAAUGUUUUGAUGGGAAGCAUUGGUGUUAUCCCCAGGUAAUGCUGACAUUUUGAAGUGAAUCUCACUAUAGUAGACAAAAUAUUGUAUUUUCCCUUGAUUAAGGAACGUGUAGACUUGUAAACAAGUAUGAGGAUUUGUAUGAGAUCAAUCAAUCAAUCAAUUUACUCAAUUCAACACACAAAAGAAAUCGAAAUACAAAAACAAUUCAUUCAAAAUACAAAUUUUCAAUAUUAUUAUUAAACGAAAAUCCAAAUUAAAUGCUGUAAUUCACCCCGAAGACUUCUGCUACUGCAAAUAUUGACAACCGGGUAAACAGCUAGAUGGAAAUUCUAUUUCUAGAUGGAAAUUAAAUUCUAAAUUCUAGCUGAAUAAUUGCAAUAUCUCAGUAAUUUCCAUCUGUAAAUUUCUAAUACAAAUACAUAUCCAGGCUUCAUGGUGGGGUGUGCUGAAAAGAAAUGAAGGAGGAGAAAUACCUAGCCAACUACGGUUUCCCAUGUAAUAGGCUGGUAGAGGGUAAAAAGCAAGGAAAAAAGGGUGAAGAGAAGUAAAAAAGGAAAGACUGGGAAAAGAAGAGAGGGGAAAGGAGAGAGAGAAAAAAGAUGAGCAAUAUAAUAACAAAAAACUCAUUUAUCAUAUCGAGUACAUAACAAUAAUUGCGGAAAAUGACAACAGGCUAUAACCCAAAACUAUUUUUUUCCAAUCUAUGCAACAGAGUCCAAAAAUAUAGGUUAUAGUGCACUCAAUAAUCACUGCAAAUUAGAAAGUAAUUUAGUUGUUUUCAGUAUCUUAUUUUUUUGUACAAAUCCUCAAACUUGUUACCAGUCUGCGGAGUUUUGUUUCGGUAAGAAGCAAUAAGACAGUGUAUUGUGAACAGCGAUGAGCUCAGUAUAUCUAUACUUAUAAGGCGUUUGCAUAGUAUGCCUUAACAUUGGUAUUACCACGAAACCUUGUUUCAUUGUAUAAAUUAAUCUAUACAAGCAGAAGAAAAAACCGAACAAAAUACAACUGUGUUGUCUAAUUGAAACGAAUUGCAGGUAUUAUUGUCAAUUUCACUGUCCUAGAAAUCAUUAGUUACAGGAAAAUGUUUUCGUAUUAAUACAGUCGAUUAUAUUUGUUUUAUUAUAACAUGAAACCAUCUUUCUUACUCGAGUAAUCUAGUAUUGUGAAGGUGAAAAAAAUCAAUUAUGGAGAAAUUCUACAAUUUCGAAGCUCUACAAAUUCUAUUCAGUAAUUAUUUAAUUAUGGAAUGAUUAUAAAUAUCUAAAAACAGUCCAGAAUUACUAAUAAGUAUCAUUUUUACUCGUAUAUUUUUGUGGUUAUGAGUGUGGAUAUACUAUCUGAGGAUCUUUCAUGUUUGCUCUGAGUGUGUACUUUUGCACCCACAUAACGUCGCCGUGUUUUAGAUGCUAGUGAGUAUUCUAGUUGACUCAGGCUAGUAGAACAUGUUCACACUUUGCUAGUUCUAGUGAUGCUAAUUGAGCUGUGUGAAGUCAUGUAGACUAGACUAGCAGUAUACUGGUAAACAUACUAGCUUUUGCCACUAGAUUGAAAAAUCAAAUAGUUUUUACACUAUACUAGAAGUUGACAACUAGCAUGAGCUUUCUGCACUAUUUAGAAGAGUCAAAUGAGGCUGGUCGUGAUUACACUACUAAACUAGUAACUGACUCAAUCUUGACUUUAUUUUCUUCACUAGAAUGGAAAGUAAAAUGAGACUAGUAGUAAUUACUAUACUAGUAGCUGACUCAACUAGCUUAUUAACUAGCAUCUCAUGUACCCCCGUCAUAAUGGUGACCUAUAUGAUGGUUUGUUAUAAAUAAUUCAUAAAUCGAGUAUCGUUGAUUACAGCAAAAAGUUUAUCAUUAAUCAAUGAAACAAUAAAAUGCAAGUAAGCGGUCGAUCCGUGCUGUUCGACGUCUUCGAAGUCUUAUGCCAGUGGCAUGAUAUUUGUUUCAGUGAGAACUGAAUUCAAUUUAUAUUUACUGUUCUAAAUAUGCAAUUUAAUGGAUGUAAUGCGUUCAUUCCAACUUUCUCUUGUUAAACAUUUUAAACAAGUAGUCAAUUCUUGGUGUUGUUAUCGAUUUAUAAUGCCUUCUUUGGUGUUAACCAAAUAAUUACCGUAAUAAAGUUGUCCUGUUUCUAUAGAUUUGAUAAAUUGUGAGCUUGAUAUUCUCCAAUACUCAACCCAAAUAUAAUGUUUAAGAAUUUACUCGAUUAUUUCUCGGAAUAAAUAACAUGAUGAAUUUGACUAAAUUUUGUAUGUUAUAUUCAAAUAAAUGUAAUUUAAAUAAAACUCAGGACAUACUUUUACAAUGUAUGUCUUCAAAAUACAACGACGUUUAUAGAUGUUUUCAAUCUCCAGAUAUUAAUAUUUUGAAGUUUUUAAUUAUUGUAUUACAUUUUUCUAGUUGUUCUUGAUAUUUAAUAAUAUAGAUAAUAAUUGUUCUCGAUAGCUAAUUCUUAUCUAUUCUCUGGUUUCCGUUCAACUAGUCAUUCCCUUAAUAGAAUACAUUAUCUCAGUGCUCAGGAAACUCGAACAAUAUUUGUAGGAUAUGUCUUGUUUUCUUAUCACUUAUUAAAUUUGGGAUAUUAUUUUUUGGUUGCUUUGAUAUUCCAGAUUAGUUAUAUCGGGGUUUGUUCAUGGUGUAAGGAUUAUUGGAUACCAAAGAAGUUUGACAGGUUAAAACGUUCUAAAUGAUUCAUUUGUACUUCUAAACUCUAAUUUAUCAUGAUAAAUCUAAAACAUUAAACAGUAUCUUAUUAAGGAUCUGGAUAAAUUACUUUCAUGGUUUGAUUGUGGUCUAUAAGCUUUAUGUAUUUUUGGUCAAAUUUAAUUGUUGAGGCAAUCAGAUUGAGAAUUAGUUGCUCACAAAAUAUAGAUUUUAGUGACGUUAUCCUUCGUUUGUUUUAGAUUAACUUAUCGUUUAGGUACCCAUCUUUGCAUUAGUCAAGGAAUUCAACCUGAAAAUUAUACAAUCAGUCUCAAUUGAAUAUCAAGUUAUCUAUUCACAGGUUAAACUGAACCCUCCAGAUACAGUUAAAUUUUGUUAUUGUAUAACAAUUUCAAUCCGAGUGAGUUAGUUGAUCAAAAGUUAUAAUUUUUUGUUGAAUAUUGUAUUCUUUUAACUUUGAAUGGAUGUAUGUUUUGUUGAAUCUCAUUAGCCUUAUGGUAAGGCCAUUGGAAAUGAAAAGAUUUAAUAUUCAUAUCAAUAAGGGUUUAGAUAGAAGUACGGUACCGGUAUCAUAAAAUAUUAUCAACACAGGUCGUUAUUUCCAAAUUUUAUUUUCUCUAUUUGAUCCUUUACAUAAUUAGAGAUUGGAUAAGUUUUGGAUUGCAAGAUUAAGAUAUGCAAGUUUUGGAUUGAAUCCAGCAAUUCAUUUUACAAAUUAAUCAAGUUGAAUUUUCUCCAUCAACUUAUGAAUGGAAAACAAUUUUAUGUGUAAAUUACUAUAUUAAAUAUUGAGAAAUAUUUAAAUAUAAAUUUUUUGAGAUAAAUGCUGUCAGAAACGGAUAUUCUCUUUCAAUUUUGGUGUAAGGGAAUGAAAGUAAAGUUUACAGAUUUAAUUUCAGCAGUGAGAACUUUGAUGAAAAACUUUCAGGCCAACUAAGUUUUCCAUUUUCUUCCAACGUCAACAGAUACACUCAACAUUCCUGAAGUUGUUUCCUGCUUACUGGAAUCAUUUCUACUACAGUUAGUUGUGUACAGUUAGACGUUUUGUAUAUUUAUUGAUGUGUCAUUUCAUCAUUAUAUAAACGAAUUAAUAAUCAGUGUAAAUUAUUAUGAAUGUAAGAGAAAUCUUUGAUUCUGUGUGUAAAAAAUGAGAAACCUAUUUCUAUACACUGGAUAGAACAUUUAUAAAAAUAAUAAAUUGUCUAAUUUUGAUGUAA